AUGUCAGUUUACCAUCUACCCACACUGUUGAAUCCGCUAAUUAACGCUAUAUUUAACUGCCCUGAACCGGAAAGAUCUCCAUUGAAAAAGCUUCUUGCUAAUUUAAAAACCCGUAAGUUUAUCCUCCUAGCACCUCCUUCAGAAUACCUUUUGAAUUACCACGAUGUCAAGACCAAAUCGCCGUUACAUGAUCUUUGUUAUAAUGCUGAGUUUAUUAACUCUUACAUAUUGCUAAUGACUGAGAAUUCUUACAUAAACACGAAUUCACGAGACAGUCAUUAUGAAACGUUGGACGGUAAGACCGUUGUUAUUCAGUGGAAAAAUAAUGUCAUUCAUGCCUUAAAUGGAUUUCAUAUAAAGCGAAGAUUGAAGAUUUUAGAUAUAAAGAUAUUACCUAACUUUAAUGACUACUUUGAAGGCGCAACUGAUUUUAUCAUAUUAUUCAUAGAUCAACCUUUAAAUUGCGAAUUUGUGCCUAACGACUAUUUACAAUGUUUUCAUAGUUAUGAGAAAAUACCAAAAAAUGCACAUGCUAUGCCAAAUCUGCCGAUAGACAUUUGCCAACAAGAAAGAUCAUCAUUUGAGAAUAUAUUACAUAUUCAUCCCACCCAAUUAACACAGCUGGGCCAGAUGUUUUCGAAUUAUAGAACGCUUGCACCUAGUGAUGAUCCGUCUAAGGAAAUUUUUGAAAGCAUGGUUCAACAAGCAUUUGAUGGAAUGAAAUCCGAUUCACUUUUCAAGAAAUUUUCUAACCUUUACGAUCUUAUACACGACUAUUGUGAGCUGAAUCUUUACGAUGAUAUUUGGUCUAGGCUUACUACACAUUUCAAAGGCCAUGAAGUGGACAGCGAAAAAUAUAAAUAUUUUUCAGUGAACCAAUUAUUAGCAGAUUUUUACUCAAAAGAUUAUAGAGAAUUCAGAUUGAACGACAUUAUUCUUAUUGAAAAACGCGUCCAUCUAGCGUCCAAACAUUUUCAAAAGCUGGCUUUAACCCAUUCAUACGCCGAGAAAUCUAGAAUAUUGGUUGAAACUCUGCAGAAAUUAUCGGGCACCACCGAAAUGGAUUCGCAUCAACGAGAUCUACCAGAUGAAUUGAAUAAUUUGACAAUGGAUGCGGACACUUUAAUCAGCCUUUUUGUGCUUGUUGUUUGCAGAAGUGAUCAGAGGCAUCUUAAAAGCCACCUUUAUUAUUUGCAAAAUUUUUCGAAUAACUCCUCUUCUACAAAAUUCGGAAUUUUAGGGUAUGCUGUAUCCACACUGGAAGCUGUGGUUUGUUAUUUCGAAGAUUUCAGCAAAAAUACUGGCAGCAUGGCGAAACCUAACGUACUAUGUGAAAAAACUAAAAAUUUACUGGAUAAGUUGUCCUGUGAAAACUCCACAAAUGAAUUAGAAGAUCUGGAAACAUACAAGGAUAUUUUGCUGUACAGAAAUGAGCAAGGACAAUCCAUUCUAUCUAUAUGUAUAACCAACAAUAAAAACUGCAUUUUAUUAGAUAUUCUUUCUGAAUAUGAAAACAUUUUUCCAAUAGAAGACCUCUUAGAUGACGAAGCUAUUGAUGGUUCUACGCUACUUAUAGAAUCAAUUAAAGCAGGAAACUUAGAAGCUGCGAAAAUACUCAUAAGGAUCAUGAUGUUUAAUUGCACUGAAGAAGAGCUGAUUUCGUAUAUCAAUAAAACGGAUAAAUAUGCACGUACUGUAGCCCAUUAUCUAACAUAUGAAAUGGAUAUACUUAAAAGCAUCGGAAACUAUGUUGAUUGGAAACGAAAAAAUUCUAGUGGGCAAACGCCUUUAUUUUCUAUUUUUAGAAGUUAUGACCAACCGAAUUAUGAAGAGAUGGUGAAGACAGCAUUUGAUAUCGCAAAUACUUGGUAUCGAAAGCACAACAGUUUGUUUGACUAUUUAGAUCAUACAGACAAUAAAGGUAAUAGCUUGUUGCAUGUUUUGAAAACAAACGUUUCAAUCCUUUUGCAACUAACUAAACUAGAUAUCAAUGGGGAAAAUUAUAAGGGGUUGACACCAUUGAUGGUAUAUGUUAAGUACAAAAGACUAAGCAAUAUUGACGCCAUCACGAAAGACCGUCGACUAAUAUUAGAAAAGGUCCAAAAGUCAACUUUUUUUACUUGUUUCGAUUAUGCAAAAGAUCACUCGGUAUUAAGCAAGAUAGGAGAAAGGGGAGUCAAGGAUUCACUUUUUGGAUUGAUAUACUUUCAUUCUUUGCGAUAUCAUAACUUAAAUGCUACAACGAAUGUAACAUUCGUUUCAAGUACAGAGAAACCUUUCGCCACUACUGUUAUUAAUAUGAAAACAAUUCAAGGCUUGCUACGCUCAAUUCUGAAAGAUAAUCCGUUCACCUUUUUGCCACUAAAUACCUACAUCGAUGAAAUAUCGCAUUUAAACCGUUCUGAUUUAACAAUAGUCGGGAAAACAGAUGUCGUAUCGCUACUUCACCAAUUAACUAACUGUUUCAACGUGCUUCUGUUCUUGAAAAAAAUUCCGGAAAAUUUGUUCACGGAUGAGGCUUCUAUCUUAUAUUGGAUGCGCAUAAACACUUCCAAAAGAAAUCAGAAACCUUCAAGAAAAGAUAAUCCAAAAACAAUGGAACCGGAAGAAAUUAAUAUGAUACAAAGCUUUUUACGUUUUAAUUUCGAUGAGAUUUCGUCAUUUAAGGCAAGCUUGAAUAUUUUAAGGAAGGUCUUAAUAUUUAUUAGUUUAAAAGCCAAUGAUUUUGAAGACGCUUAUGACGGUCUUAACGAAAUGGGUAAAAAAUUAGCUAAUAGCAAAGCGGCCAGUGCAUUUACAGGAAUUAUAACAAAUAAUAAUAUGUUCAGUGACUUAUCACUAGCAGAGUUAUUAGAGAACGUGCGUUUCCUAGAACAGUGUACUAUCCAGCUAUCUGACUUCGUCCAGAUAAUUUUAUUUGAUAAAAUCCCAAACUGGUGGAAACAUUAUGGUGAGUUCUUAGCCGUUAAUAAAAACUAUCGGAAGGCUUUUCCUAGUAUUGUUAAACCAAAGAGCACGACGGAUACCUCUAGCCAUGUCCCACUUGGCGGUUUUAUUGAAACGAAGCGUGAGCAAUCGGAGCAAAGAUUGGCGGUUCAAAUAAAGGCCUCUUCAAAAAUGCUCAAAGAACUUGGAAGCGAAAUUUUCGUAGCUCACGAAAAAUUAGCCGAAGAGUUAAGCAAUUAUAUGGAGUUUAGAAAGGCAUGUUUGGAUCAACGUAGUAUUAUAGCAUUUGCUACAACCAACAUUAGCGUUCUUCAAGAAUGUAUUUGA